AUGAAUACAAAUGAUCAAAGUUCAUUACAGGAUUUGAACAACCCUAUCUACCUUCGCACACCAAACCCUUAUCAAAAUGAUCAAAAUCAAAUUUCUCUAUUUAACCAAACUCUCGAAAACUCGAAUAAUAGUAAUAAAGAUAAUCCAAGUCCAUAUCAAGAUACAGAUCACAAUUAUAUCGAUGAUUUUAGGAAUAUUCAACCAGAUACUGCAAAAACUAUUGUAGAACUUGGCAACUCAAAAUCAUUCAAAAAAAUCUAUGACUUCCUUAUUAAACUAUCUAAAUCUAAUAAUAAAGAUGGUGCUAUAGCUGCUUAUCAUUAUGGGCUCUUUGAUUUUAGAAAUGAUGGUGAUAAGACUCCAUUGAUUCUAGCAUGUUAUGAAGGGUAUUUCGAAGCUAUCAAAUUCUUUGUUGAAAACAGAUGUUAUAAUGAAAAAAAUACAGCCAAGGAAAAAAUUCCAUUAACACAUUUAAUUUUGUUGAAGAGGCCUAAUUUUGUAAGAUACCUUUUAUCAGAAGGUUUCGAUAAAGAUGCUGUAGACGAGAAAGGUGAAACAUUACUUUAUAGGUCAUUAGAACAUUCACAACCAGAUCUUGCAAAAUACAUUUUGUCGAUUGGGGCCGAUCCAUCAAAAGGUAAAUCUAACAUAUUCCAUCCUGUAAUAAUAUCUUCAUACGUUGAUAUUUAUAAUCAACUAAUAUCUCUUGGUGCUGAUCCUUUUGCAAAGAAUUAUUGCCCAUUUUGCAUAGCAUAUUGCUGUGUAGAAAUAAUGAAACAUUUACUUUCUAUAGGCGCAAAUAUUAAUGAGCGCGAUGAAUAUGGAGACACAGCUUUGAUGAUGGCAUGCCACAGUAAUUAUGAACACAAUAUUCCUGGUAUAAAUUUUCUACUUAAAAAUGGUGCGAAUGUAAAUCUUCGAAAUAGAGAAGGGAAAACUGCUUAUGACUUACUACGAGAUGAUAAGUUUGGCACUAAAAGAAAGCUAAUAAAGGCAGGUUAUAAAAAAGAUUGCAGAAUAUGUUAA